UCCCGGAUUGGACAUCAUCUGAAAUCCAAAAUAUAAAAUUAGAGCAUAUAAUCGCAUGAUCUUGUCUGUCAAUACACCAAAUCAGAGCCUAAUAAAAAAAAUGGCAGAGUACUUGGUAACUGGAGGAACAAGCUUUAUAGCCUCUCACGUCACCAAGGCACUUCUCGAAUCGGGUCAUUCCGUAAGAACAACUGUUAGAGACUCAGAUGAAGAAAAGGUUGGUUUCUUGUGGGAGUUAAAAGGAGCAAAAGAAAGGUUGAAGAUCUUUGAAGCCGAUCUAACGGUAGAAGGAAGCUUUGACGAAGCUGUCAACGGUGUUGAUGGAUUCUUUCACAUCGCAUCCCGAGUUUCUGUUGCCACCGUUGGUCUAGACAACAACAAUAUGGUCAGACUCAGAAACACUGUGAAGAGGAUUGUUCUCACAUCUUCUUCAACCGCAAUACGGUACCGUUUUGACGCUACACAAGUCUCUCCACUCAACGAAUCGCAUUGGACCGAUCUUGAAUACUGCAAACGCUUUAGAAUUUGGUAUGGUUACGCAAAGACUCUAGGGGAGAAAGAAGCUUGGAAGAUGGCAGUUGAGAAGAAGCUAAACCUAGUUGUCGUGAUCCCUACAUUUUGUAUCGGUCCAAUAAUUUGUCCAAAACCCACAAGCUCCCCUCGAAUUUUUUUGUCCAUUGUCAAAGGGGCUCGUGGAAGCUACCCAAAUUUCAGGGGAGGGUUUGUACACAUAGACGAUGUAGUUGCUGCACAAAUCUUAGCAAUGGAAGAGCCUAAAGCAUCAGAAAGAAUCUUAUGUUCCAGUUCAAUGGCUCAUUGGUCAGAGAUCAUUGAGAUGCUAAGAAUCAAAUACCCAUUAUACCCAUUUGAGACCAAGUGUGGUAGUGAAGAAGGGAGAGAUAUGCCUCAUAGUUUGGACACAACUAAGAUUCAACAACUUGGCUUUACGUCUUUCAAGUCAUUACCUGAGAUGUUUGAUGACUGUAUCAAGUGCUUCCAAGACAAGGGUCUACUCUGAAAAGACAAAAUUUAUAUAUCAAGCUUAUGUGAGAAUCUUAUGGAUUGAUUUUAUUCAUAACAUAAAUGAGUUAUCUCUUAUCUAAAUGAUUCCAAACUAUGUAUGUUCCCAUCGAUCUUGGACUUUGAAAUAGAAAUAAAAUCAUCUCCCUCAUAUGUCUUGUGGAGUUUCUUUC